ACAUCCGGUGGAGUUUCGACCAAUGAGAAAGCGUCGUGUCGUUUGAACCGGGGGAGCGGGACUCUAUCCUGAGCUGUUGUUGAAAACGGAAUAAAGACUUAUAUUUCAUACUUAUAUUUCAUCCCGUAGCUAAAUGAAUUAACUUUAAAUCAAAAAAUAAAAAGGUGUGAUAACGGAUAGAGACGGUUACCACGGUAAUGUUUGAGUUCGUCGGUUCCCGAUCUUCUUGUUGCUGAAACGGACCCUGCAAAAAAAGAGUAAAGAUGAACCGAGCAGGCCGACCGUUGUUCAUGAAGACCUACGGCAAACAGAACCGGAAGUUGGAGGCCUGGAUCUCCCCUGACAACCGAAAACAGGUUUUCGCCAGCACCUCUUCCUCUGACCUGUCCAUCGCUGAGCCCUCCAGCCCCAAACCCCCAGCCAAGAGAGGGAGAAAGAGAAGUACAGCAGAUGGCAGUAGAGCGCUGCGGCCGGCUAAGACCAAAGCCCUGUCCUGGACAGCAGAUAUCAGUAGUGAGCUGCGACUAGCGAAGACCAAAGCCCUGUCCUGUCUGAGAGAGCAGGACAGUGAUGAAGAGAACAUCUUCAUCGUCCCUCCUCCUCCUCUUCCUCCUCCCCAGCAGCAGAGCAACAACACAGCCAGGAAGCCAUUGUUGAGGCAUGCUGGUCGGAAGGCCCAGCGUAUUGUGAGCUCCAGUGAGAGUGAUGGAGAGACAACGACCAGCAGACAACCCAACUCUAAACGCUCCAAACACACCACAGCUAGAGCCAGGACACAUCCGUCUCCAGUUUUGGCUCUAGGGAAGUUUGUGACUCAUCGUAGGGGAGCAACAACCGCCAAACACAAAGCCCCCAAGAGGAAACUCAGUGUCCUGCUAGCCCAGCUCAGCCUCAACUCCUCUGAUGACUUCGUCCAGGGUGGAAGAGAAGAAGGGGGAGGGGUCCAGCGUUCCUUCCCUCGCCGUGCCAAACAGGGGCGCCGCCGGGCCCUGGCCAACGCUGACAGCUCAUUGGCCGACCUGGGUAACAGCGGAGUAACCAACAGUAACGGUUUCCUGCGAGAUAUCUCUCUGAACGAGUCGCCCGAGCGCUCCUGCCACAGGAAACCUCUCUUCUCCUCCACCCCCAGCUCACGUGCCCUCCCUCCUCCUCCCUCCUCCCUCCGUCCACCCAUCUCUCUGAGCACCACCCAGGAGGAGCUCAAUGUUCCAGAGGACCCCCUCUCUCUCACAGAGCUGCGCCAGCUGUGGUCCCUGGGCCAGGCAGUGGGACAACCAGAGGUAGGAACCCGUGAAGAGCCGACUCCCCGUGGAUCAACCAGUCUGAGGAGUAACAGGAGCCGGAAUGGAGGCUCAGCGAUCCAAGAUGGCGUUGGUGAGCAGCCGAGCCCGGAGCUGUUCUCCGCGGUUGCCUGUGAGCAGACUGACCCAGACAGGGCCGGGGAGGAAACUGAGGACGGCAGCCAUUUUGUGUCAGCGAUGGUGGGACAGGAUUGGCUGGCUGAGGUCGUGAAGGAGAGGUGUCUGACACGGUGCUGUGCCGUACGGCUAGAGAGACACAAACUGCACGAUGACACCACAUGUUCACCCUGCAUCGACCAGACACGGUCACACGACAACGGGCGGGACAGUCUCGUCCCUAAAGACCACGUUCCCAGGGACAGUCUCGUCCCUAAAGAGCACGUUCCCAGGGACAGUCUCGUCCCUAAAGAGCACGUUCCCAGGGACAGUCUCGUCCCUAUAGACCACGUUCCCAGGGACAGUCUCGUCCCUAUAGAGCACGUUCCCAGGGACAGUCUCGUCCCUAAAGAGCACGUUCCCAGGGACAGUCUCGUCCCUAUAGAGCACGUUCCCAGGGACAGUCUCGUCCCUAAAGAGCACGUUCCCAGGGACAGUCUCGUCCCUAAAGACCACGUUCCCAGGGACAGUCUCGUCCCUAAAGACCACGUUCCCAGGGACAGUCUCGUCCCUAAAGAGCACGUUCCCAGGGACAGUCUCGGCCCUAUAGAGCAGGUUCCCAAGGACAGUCUCGUCCCUAAAGACCACGUUCCCAUGGACAGUCUCGUCCCUAUAGAGCACGUUCCCAAGGACAGUCUCGUCCCUAAAGACCACGUUCCCAUGGACAGUCUCGUCCCUAUAGAGCACGUUCCCAAGGACAGUCUCGGCCCUAUAGACCACGUUCCCAGGGACAGUCUCGUCCCUAAAGACCACGUUCCCAGGGACAGUCUCGUCCCUAAAGAGCACGUUCCCAAGGACAGUCUCGUCCCUAAAGACCACGUUCCCAGGGACAGUCUCGUCCCUAAAGACCACGUUCCCAGGGAAAACCCCCACAGAAGGAAGGUGGGAGGAGCUCCUAAAGAGCGGAGGCGGAGGAGCGUGUCUCGGGAGCGGCCCGCCACCAGUAGGAAGAUGUGUGUGAGCGGUGUGAGUGUGAGCCGCUGGGGAAGGAGAGACGGAGCACCCAACAGCAGAGCAGCACCUCCUCCUGGCCGAGCUGGGGACUGCAGCAUUACUGAACUGCUGUCUGCUCAACACACACAUGGGGUAUCCAGUCUAUCAGACCGUAUGGUAUUGGGGACUCCAGUUCGUGGUACCAGACUCCAUCUGUCCUCUCUGCUGGUCAACCUCACUCCUGAGACUCACACCUGGAGUCGCCUCAAAGCUGCCCUCUCCCUACACAGGAAGACCAAAGCGUUCCUGACUCCGAAGAGGCCUCUCUACCUGCUGUCCUCUCCUGAGGCGGAGCUAGGGGUGGGACUAGAGGCGGAGCUAGAGGCGGAGCUAGGUGAUGUCAGUCAAAAACUGUUCUCCACGCCCCGCAACACGCCCCGCCCACCAAACCUCCGCUCAACGAUACGGGGGAGCGCUCCUCUGAGUGUGUAUUCGUUAGACGGAGAGCUGUCUGAUGACCAGAAGGUGUUUUCGGAGUGUAACCAGACAGGACCUCUGGGCUUCCAGGACUGUCUCCCAGCAGCCAGGAUGAAGCUGUGUAGGAAGAUCGGAGAGGGGACCUUCGGAGAGGUCUUCAGUACCCACCAACACCUCUGGAGACGCCGUUGCUCUCAAGAUUAUCCCAGUAGAAGGAUGUGACCAGGUGAAUGGAGAGGAACAGAAAACCUUUGGAGAAAUCCCUCCACGAGAUUAUCAUCUCCAAGGAGCUGAGCAGUCUAAAGGAGAAGAAACACAACCAGACCACUGGCUUCAUCGGACUGAAGGAUCUCCACUGUGUCAAGGGCUGCUACCCUCCAAGCCUGCUAAAAGCCUGGGACUCCUUCAACACACAGAGAGGAUCAGAGAAUGACCGGCCAGAUUUCUUCAAUGACGAGCAGCUGUUUCUGAUCCUGGAGUUUGAGUUUGGAGGCAAAGACCUGGAGAACAGUAAUGGACAGCUGGCGUCGGUGAUGGUGUCUAAGAGUAUCCUCCAUCAGGUGACUGCUGCUCUGGCUGUGGCUGAACAGGAGCUCUGCUUUGAACACAGAGACCUCCACUGGGGUAAUGUGUUGGUCCAGUCCACUAAGGAGAAGGAGGGGAGUUUCCUCCUCAAUGGAACAAACCAUUCCUUAGAGACCAGGGGGGUGAGCGUACGCAUCAUCGACUACUCCCUCUCCAGGCUCGAGAUCGAUGGUCUCACCGUGUCCUGUGACAUCUCAGAGGAUGAGGAGUUGUUCCAGGGCCAUGGAGACCUUCAGUUUGACAUCUACAGACUCAUGAGACAGGAGAACGGUAACAAGUGGGGUGACUACCAGCCCCACUCCAAUGUGUUGUGGCUCCACUACCUGAGCUCCAAGCUGCUGACUAUGACCUAUAAGAGUCGAGGGGGGCGGGGCGUCAAGCAGGCCAGGUUGAACCUGCAGCGUUUCCACGACGAUGUCCUCACCUUCCGAUCUGCCUCUGACAUACUGUACAACUGUGGCCUGUUCCAAUGAGAAAGAGUGUGUGUGUGUGUGUGUACUGCCACAUAUUGUUGUUGUUAGCGGGAUGCUAAGUGGUUAGCGGGAUGCUAAGUGGUUAGCGGGAUGCUAAGUGGUUAGCGGGAUGCUAAGUGGUUAGCGGGAUGCUAAGUGGUUAGCGGGAUGCUAAGUGGUUAGCGGGAUGCUAAGUGGUUAGCGGGAUGCUAAGUGGUUAGCGGGAUGCUAAGUGGUUAGCGGGAUGCUAAGUGGUUAGCGGGAUGCUAAGUGGUUAGCGGGAUGCUAAGUGGUUAGCGGGAUGCUAAGUGGUUAGCGGGAUGCUAAGUGGUUAGCCCUAUAGUAUUGUGUAGGAUCCAGUCGUAACCUUUUUUUGGAGGUGAACUCAUCUUGUGAAUAAUAUUUAUAAACCCAGAAGACUGUAAUGGCUUUGUAUUCUAAAAUUAAAAAGGGGUUUUGUUAUUAAACGUUGAAUAGAAACAAUGA